AAAAUCGGCUUAAUGUUUCAGAAGUGCAAAGCUGGAUAAUUCGAUUAGAGGGUAGAAGAUUGGCGAACCGGAUCAGGGAGUGAAAGAAAUUUGGGCCCCACUGAAAUAAUUUUAUGUUCUUUCAACAGGUGAUGGCAUGCAGCCAGAGGUAAGAUGACAAGGUGACUUUUGCAACAUGUCAAAACCAGGUGUCCAGGGCUCUUCUGGCUGCUCUGACGCAGUCAAAAUAGUGGGGACAGAGCCGACCUGGGGAGGCGCGGCUUCAGGAGGUGCCAGAAGAUCUGGAGAGGGCCUUCUGCUCAGGAUCCCUUCAGGCGCUGUGGAUGGAGGCUGGAGGAGCCUUGGAACCUCAUAGAUUUGUUUUGAAUCCCAGAUCUGCCGGUUACUAGCGUGUGGCUUUGAGUCUGACAAGAUGUACCAGGUCCCACUGCCAUUGGACCGGGAUGGGACCCUAGUCCGGCUUCGCUUCACUAUGGUGGCCCUGAUCACAGUCUGCUGUCCACUUGUCGCUUUCUUAUUCUGUAUCCUGUGGUCCCUGCUUUUCCACUUCAAGGAGACAACGUCUACACACUGUGGGGUACCCAAUUACCUGCCGUCAGUGAGCUCUGCCAUUGGUGGGGAGGUUCCCCAGCGCUACGUGUGGCGCUUCUGCAUUGGCCUGCACUCAGCACCCCGCUUCUUGGCGGCCUUCGCCUAUUGGAACCACUACCUCAGCUGUGCAUCGCCCUGUCCGGGUUACCGCCUUCUCUGCCGCCUCAACUUCAGCCUCAAUGUGGUGGAGAACCUCGCACUGCUCGUGCUCACCUACGUCUCCUCCUCCGAGGACUUCACCAUCCACGAAAAUGCUUUCAUUGUGUUUAUCGCGGCAUCCCUCGGUUAUAUGCUCCUCACCUGCAUUCUCUGGCGGCUGACCAGGAGGCACACAGUAAGUCAGGAGGAUCGCAAGUCCUACAGCUGGAAACAGCGGCUCUUCGUCAUCAACUUCAUCUCCUUCUUCUCGGCGCUGGCUGUCUACUUCCGGCACAACAUGUACUGUGAGGCUGGAGUGUACACCAUCUUUGCCAUCCUGGAAUACACUGUUGUCCUAACCAACAUGGCGUUCCACAUGACAGCCUGGUGGGACUUCGGGAACAAAGAGCUGCUAAUCACCUCUCAGCCUGAGGAAAAGAGAUUCUAAACCCUCUCUCAUGCUGGGAAGCAGCAGCCCACUGCCCAGAAACAAGAGGCCACUCUGGCUUCCCUAACUCCUUGCCCUCUCUGGGCCCUUCUGAAGCUGGGGGCUGGGUGAGGAGAGUAGGGGCCAUGUGACAAGGCUGAACCCCAGCACAUCUGACUUCUCCCCAACCCUCACAGGGAUCUUCAAGAAGCAUCACCAUUAACUGAGCAGUCCUAAAAACUGAGCUGGCAGGAAAGCUCCACCACUUGGUGCUAAAAAGCGAAGUCUUGAGGUUCGUGACCAUCACCUAGCUUUUGGCCUUCAUGUAGACUUUUCACUAAGGUUAGGAGCAGAGCAGUGGCUGCUACCUGAAGAGUCCCCUCUAGGUCAUUCAUUUGAUAUGUCCGGUGGCCCACUGUGCACACCCAGAGUGGCAGUAGUUCUGUCAUUUUGCCCAGGUGUUCUAGAUGUACCCUG